AUGGAUAUUGUGGAGACUGUGGAAGAGCACUUGUAUUUCAGAGGUGAGGAUUAUGAUGCUUUGAGUUUGGUACAUAAGGCUCAGGAGGACUUGGAUGUGUGGAUAGGUCACGAUGAUAUGGAGGAAUUAGAAGUGAACACGAUCCCAGUUAAUAGAGCAGAGGAAAGAUGGUCUCCACCACCACAAAACUACUUGAAGUGUAAUACUGAUGCUGCAAUAAUAGGUAAAGAGGUCUUUUCUUUUGAAAAUAAUGUCCCUGUGUUGUUUUCUGUUAUGCUUUUUUGGAUUAAAUCUUUUAUUAUGGUUAUUUCACAAAUAACCCCAUAA